UUUCGUUUUCAGCAGGUCGGAAGAGUCGGUCUCUGGAAAAAGAGUCAGUUUUUCAGUCGUUUUCUCACCUCCACAGAAGCGCAUCAUAAAACACCUCUUCGAAAUCUCCGUUUUCUAAAUUUUCGAACAUUAUCAUAGCAUCGCAAUUACUAAACUUGAGGAGCAGAAACCCUUGGUCAAAUCAGUACUUACUUUCUAGAAAUGAGCCAGUGGCAAGCUGAAGGAAUGGGGUACACGGAAAAUAACGUAAUUCACGUUGAAGUUCGAGACAUGUGGAAGUUUGAGGAAGUGGAGACUGUUGAGUCGUCUGGAAGGGGAGCAGGACCUUCAGUUCCGGUAAUGACGAUAAUCGAUGAGUCGGAGCUGGGUGGACAGAAGUUUGUCGAGCUGUGCGACAUUUCCGAGUUGGAUGCAGUACCACCUCCUGUUGAAGGGGAUCUCGGGGGAUGUACUAUUUCACACCAGGAUCAACUGAAUAAUGCUGAAAAUGGAUCGGUGUCACAAGGUGUGUUUCAAUGUACAAUGUGUCCAGAAGGCUUCGAUAAAAAAUUGCUCCUCAACAAUCACAUGAAGAAAAAACAUGGAAUUAAUUUUGUGUUCACUGAGAGGGGUCGAAAAGUGAAAUUGGUACGAUUGCCGGAAGAAGACACACCAAAGGGAAAGGGACAUGCUAGUACUUCAAAGGAUGUUGAACAACAGCGUAUUUGUGAAGUACUUGAAAAUAAAUCUGAUGAAGAUGAGGAAGGAUCUGGUCAAGGGCUUGGGUGUGGUUAUGCCGUAAAAGUUGACACUCCAGCGUACCAUAAGGCAAUAGAGAGGAACGAGAUCCCAUUUGCGGCAUUCUUCCCUAUAAACUCGAAGACAGGGUACUUGCUAAGGGUGCAAGAAUACGGACCCAACAAUAAUUUAUUGGACCCAGCUAGCAGGAAUGAUGUCAUCAGGGCGUUUCAAUAUCACAGACAAAUCGGUUCAUCUUACACGGCAGGAGACUUAUUGCCAAUUGUUGCAUUUGUUCGUCAAUAUUACAACCAUACCACGCGAUCAACGGAUAUUAGCAUUUGUUCCCCGGAGAAUAUCCCCGACUUGGAGAUGAAGUAUAUAAGUCAAGACAAUUUCACCACUAUUGCUUUUGCAAAUCCGGGAAACAAUGUAUCAAGCUGUGAUCCUGCCGACGAUGAAGAGAUGGAUGAUGAGGAUCCACUACCACCACCCACACCAAAACCAAAACGACGAGGUCGAAGGACAAAGAAGGAAAUUGAAGAGGCAAAAAUGAACGCGAUCAAAGCCGCACAGCCACUGCUAGCCACAUCGUCCAACGCUCAUGUGGAAAAGAAUGAUAAUCUGCAAACUGAGAACGCUGAGGGGUCAAACCUUGGAGGUGAUGAGGGCCGAGAGGUGACACCAACUGCAGCUGUAAAUGAUAAUGCAGACAACAUGCCGAAACUAAUUCCUGAGGUUUUACAACCGUCGUUGGAUGUGGUAGAAACACAUAACCCACCAGAAAUGCCACUAGUGGAGUCAGAUCCACUACCCCCAAUACUCACACAGAUGAAAGUGAAAGUAGAACGCACAGAUGAAGAAUCAAUGCAUUUGGAUGAAUCAGUUUUACCCGUCACUCCAUCCAAAACAACAACUCCAAAAUCACGAAAGGGUGAUGGCAAAACUGGCAAAGGUCGAGGACAAAAGCCGAGGUCAACUUCGAAAUCAACGGGACUUUCUUCUCCCAAAAAACCAAAUUCUGCCCAGCACGUGAAGAUUACAAACGUGAAGGAAGAACCAAUGGAUCUGAGCCAGAAUUCGAACACUCGCAAUGAUUUUGAAGAUGGAAAUGACAAAGAUUUUGUUCCAUCGAUUACAUGCGCUCCGAAACGACCCCCACCAACAGGUCCAAAACGACGAGGUCGCCCACGUAAACUCAAGUUUGAUGAAUGUAGCGACAACUAAAGUCAAAUCAAUCUCUCUUCGCCUCCAUCAUCACACAUUUCCCUCAGAAUGGAAUUAUUUAUUUUCAAUUCAAUUUAUUUAUUUACAGUCAAGAACAAGUCAGUAGUAGUACAGCCAUUUAGUUUGUUCAUUGCAAUCGCAAUGUCUAUAAUUUGUGCAUAAGUUAUGUAUGUAAUAGUUAAUAACUAUUUUAAAGUAAUGUUGGCAAAAUUGAAUUCUCAAAAUUUGAAUUGUUGGAACUUGGAAGCACAUUAUAUAAUUUUGGCACAGUAAUUCACUUGUAUCAAAGUCUUAGUUUCUAUCAUCUUCGUAAAGAUUAUAAUAAUAUAUAACAAUAUUCUACUA